AUGGCCGACGAAAAGUCUACCGAGUACGUCACUCUCGUCUCCACGGAUGGCUACGAGUUCAAGAUCUUGCGCUCCGCAGCGUGCAUCGCAGGCACGAUCAAGAAGGCGCUGGACCCUUUGUCUGGCUUCCGCGAGAACACACAGAAUCGCAUCGAUUUGCCCACGAUAAAGUACGAAUUCCCCGCGCUGCCCCGCACCGCGCAUUCACACACCGAUGCGACCAUGUAG